GUGUAAAGUAGGUAACUAGCGGUCGCAGACUACAACUCAUCUCUCGGCUUAUUAUACUAGUAAUUGCUGCAUCUUUACCAUUGGUCUUGCUACUAUGUACGUAUGAGCUCGAGUUUCAUCAAAGCUGAGACCAAUCGCCCCUUCUAGGCUCACCCACGCGGCCCCACUUCACAGCCCAAAAAGUUUCUUAUCGUGACCUCUUAUCACUUUGCUCCAGGAAAAAAAUAUUCCUGGACUUAGGUUGACAACACUCAAACCUUGAGGUACCAAGGACACAUCUCAAGCGCACACCUCCACCACUAUCGCAAUGGGUGUCACACGAACAAAGACCAUCAAGAACAAGCAUGCCGCUGCUCCUGGUGCUGCAAAAACUUCCAAGCGCUCCGCCACCGAUGGCAUUGCUAAGUCCAAGAAGCCAAAGGGCCCCACGCUGAGCAAGCAGGUCAAAGACAAGGGUCGCGAGGCACUUCUGCAAAAGUUCAAGAACCCUAAGAAGAAGAAGUAUACGGACCAACAGCUGGGUAUUCCUGAGCUCAACACAGUCACGCCUGUGGGCGUUAUCAAACCUCGCGGCAAGAAGAAAGGCAAGGUUUUUGCUGAUGAUCAGGAAAGUAUGAGUACUAUCAUGGCGCUCGUCCAGGCGGAGAAGGACGGCCAGAUUGAGUCCAAGAUGAUCAAACAGCGUCAGAUGGAAGAAAUUCGCGAAGCGCGCAAGGCCGAGGCCGAGAAGAAAGAACAAGAAAAGCAGUCGAAACUCGAGGAUACCAAAGACUCUCUCCGAAAGAGGAGAAAGCGCAAGAGUACAGGUGACGCAGAGGAUAACAUCAAGGAGUUCACCACGAGCGGUAGCAAGGGGACAAAAUCAAAGGGCAAGAAGCGAGUAUCGUUCGCCUAAGUCCUCGACCGAUGAUAUGGCAAAAGUUUUCGGAGUUUUUGCAUUGUUUGGCGCAUGGAGUUUGAUAGAUAGGCUGAGGUCAUACCAUGAUUUCUGGUGGUUUCUGGAGAUUCAGCGGUAUAAAAGCACAAGACUGUAUUCGAACCAUGGUUGUUCCUUCGGAUGCAGAUCUACUCAAUUAGAUGGAAUGAUCGGAUUCAUUUUGAGCUUUGAGCUUUGAGCAU